AUGGCUUCCGAGGCUAAGUCAUCAACUGCUCUAUUUGUCUCCUUCAACAUUCUCCUCUUCGCUUUUGGUUCUUCUUCUACAAAUUCCAUGGACAGGAACCCUGUUGUUAACCUUCCUCCUGGUGCCUUGUUCCCUAAUGGCAAUGGCAAUAACAAUCAGGGCCAGUCCGGUAGUUGUAAUCCCCUGAACCUUCAUGUGUGUGCUAAUCUACUGGGUGGUUUGGAGAAUCUUGACCUUGGUAACAUACCAACCCAACCAUGCUGCAGCCUGAUCCAAGGGUUGGCUGAUGUUGAAGCUGCUGUUUGCCUCUGCACUGCCAUCAGAACUAAUGUCUUAGGCAUUAACCUAAACCUUCCUAUUUCAUUGAGCCUUCUACUCAAUAACUGUGGAAGGAGGCUCUCUUCUGAAUACAUUUGCAGCCCAUAA